AACCGAGCGCCUCCUCUCGACUCCACCGUUAAACAAGCCACAACAUCACCCUGCGCCUUUGUUGUCACACGCUAGCAAGGCGACUGUUAAUCCGUCGAGCUAGCUGACCAAGACAGUUUUAUAGGAGGGAAAACAUACAAAAAAGGCUUGAAAUGAUUAGUGUUACGUUUUGACGUGAGCGAAUCGUCCCGAAAGUGGGAUAAGUUGCAAAUUAAGUCGAAGAAGUCAGUCACUAUCACAGAGGAAGUUUGACACAACGAAGAGAGGACACAUGUCGUCUGCAGCAGAGAGUGUGGAAAAUGCCUCCAUCAUUUCAGAGAGUGCGGCCCAUGAGGGAAACCGCUUGUGGAUAGGCAACAUCGAUCCCAAAAUCACAGAGUAUCAUCUGGUGAAGCUGUUGGAGAAGUUUGGCAAUGUGAAACAGUUUGACUUUCUUUUCCAUAAGUCCGGGCCUUUGGAGGGACAGCCACGAGGCUACUGCUUUGUCAACUUCAACACCAGAGAGGAGGCAGAGAGAGCGAUCCAGUGUCUAAAUGGGAAGCUGGCCCUGUCCAAGAAGCUGGUUGUGCGCUGGGCACACGCACAGAGGUUUGAAGGUUUCCGUAACGACAAGACGAUGCCUCCGAGCCUGGAACCAUCAUGCAGCGGUGCAACAGAGGAUGGACCCGUCACAUCCAACCACCUCAGUACGAGUGCUAAGAUCCGCGCCAUUGAGGCCAAGCUCCAGAUGAUGGAGGAGAAUCCAGAUGAUGACUACUCAGGCCCGUCGGCCUACGUUUACAACAAACCGCCAGAGAGGAAACGCUGGGAGCCCUACUCUAAAUCACACCACAAUAAUCAGAGCAGGCCCUUCCGCAAGUUUAGGAGAUGACCCAUCCUCCCACUCAUUCUGGAGAUCCCCCUCUCUACCACACCUCAGCCCCCACCUUCACACAAACAGAUUUUACACUAGAAACUAUACAGACUAUACACAUCCUAUCUGGGAAUAAAAGAUGUGGAAGUUGUUCACAAUACUUUGAAAACCGCGCUAACAACACCGGGACUCUUUGGGGGAGUAAUCUCAGCAAUCAUGGACAAGUACCUUAAAUGGUUUUAGUUAUUUUGGUUUUACAGUAUCAUUUUUGUCCCCCCAUACCUGACUGCCGUGCAGGUUGGAAGCCUUGUCGGUCUGCUUUCUCACUUUUGCAGAGAUUUAACGCAGGUAAACCUUCCAGCUACGGGUCACAUGACGCACAGUUGCGAGGAAAGAGAAAUGUUAUUUUUAAGGAGUCUAAAUGCUGAUUCUCUUAUUGUUUUUUUUGAUGUGUGUUUGUACUUUCAGAUCAUAUUAUUUAAAGUUUUUUUUUGUUUUUUGUUUUUUUUCCUCCAAAGGGCCUUUCUUUUUAUUCAAGACUAAAGUGAAGAGGAAGAAAUACACAGAUUUGUACCAUGUCUUAAUUAACGGAGUUCAAAUCAUAAGCCACAAGCCACUCAGUGACACUUACUGUAUCAAGGCAGUAUUAGUGUGUGUGUUAAUUCUUACCUUUUUUUUUCAUUCAGUUUUAUAUACGACUGCAAUCAAACUCUCUUUACUGAUUUUUUUUUUUUUUUUUUUGCGGUGUGAGGAUUUUUGGUAUUUCCACCACCGCAGUCUUUUUGUGUUAAUUAUUUUUCAAUUAAAGGUAAUUAAAUAUCACAUCUGAAAUGUGUUAUUUUAUGCCUUUUUUUUUUCUUUUUUUUUUAGAUUCUCUAUUUUGUUUUUAAAGCACAGGAUUCAAUUUUAUGAGUUGAGAUUAUUAGCAACAGUUAAAUACUCUCAGUCCACACACACUCCUACUGAUAUACUGGUGUGGUUUUAUAAGAAAUUGGUAAACCAGCUGCAUCUCAUUUAUGGGAGAUGGUUGUUUAGACUGAAUACCACUCACUAAAAGCAGACUAGUAUUAUCCAUUAUGCGUUAAAGAAAUGUAUGCAGUCCUGAACAGCAUUUUUUUUUUUUUUUAAUUUUUAAAUUUUUUUGAGAUUACCACCUGGCAAACAGCUUGUGUUACAUUUUCUAUAUGAAUCUGAUAAUCCUGGUUAUCAAAGCAUCCAGUUAUGUUUUCUGGCCCAGUUUUUUUUUUUUUUUUUUUGGUCCACACAAAGUGGAGGCUGAAUAUUUUCCAAAUUUUUGUGCAGUCUACCAAAAGUUGCUGUAAAUAAAUAUUUUGUAUAUGGGCUCAAUGUGAAUACAGUCUAUUUUAAAAGUUAAAAGUUUAAUGUUAUUGAUUUCUAUGUGAUGUUAAAAUGGAGCAGAAGACUUUUGAUGUGAUCUGAGUUGUGUUUUCCUGCAGGUGUGACAUGCAGCGUGGAAAAAAAACAAACAAACAAACAAAAAAAAAAACAUUUUCCAAGGCAAAAA